AAAAGAGCCCAUCUGCCAUCAAAUUCUGAAGUGACGGAAUAAAAAAAAUUCUCAACUCAAAUAAAUUUGUGUUUUUGUUUCAUGAGUGUGGUUUAUUUUCGUCUGAAGUGUGAAAACAAUUAAUUUUCUUUUAUUUAUCCAAAGAAUAUUACUCUCAAAAUCCUUUUAUCAGAAUAUGUUGAUAUAAAUUAUUCUGAAAAAUAAUAUUUUUACAUUAACGGCGAUUUUAAGUAGAUAACAGUUUAACAUGUCUGCAAGUAGUUUAAGGCAAUACUUCCUGCUAUGGAGUGUGGAUUACUGGAAUCUAGAAGUUAUGACCGAAAAUAAUUUUAAAUCCAGAGAUAUUGGCCUUCGGGCACAAAAGAAAAUUCUCUCCCGUAUGGCAACAAAAAAUAUUGCAAAGGCAUUUAUCGAUGGAACCACGGCGUCACUUUUAGAUAAUCUCUAUAAGUUGUGCAAGAUGCAUACCGGCAACAAGAAAGAAGCUGAAAAGUUGAUAAAAAAUAUAAUUAAAAUUGUUAUAAAAAUUGGAGUCUUGCAUAGAAAUAAUCAAUUCAGUCUUGAAGAACAGCAAGCUGCAGAACAAUUUAAACGAAAAUUUCAAAAUACUCAACUCGCUGUGAUUUCUUUUUAUGAAGUGGACUUUAGCUUCGAUUUGCCGUAUUUACAAAAAUCAUUUGCAGACUCGCAAAAAGCACUCAAGUCUAUAGUUCAGCCUCACUUAACCGAGAAGUCUAUAAAUCGCAUCAACGAAGUAUUUGAGUUUUUCAGUGAUGAAAAACUCCUGGAGACCGCAUUCAAGCCAGAUUCACCAUACCGCGAGGUAAUGGGUUAUAUUGUUGCCGAUAUUAACCAAGCUAUGGACACUGGUGACAUUUAAUAAUAAUAAAUUAAUUUGGUGCUAAAAAAAAUCAUCCUAAGCUAUGGGUGAUGACACACAACAUGAAAAAACGUCCCAUUUUUUUAAAUGUCGAAUCUUGACACUCACAAAAAGAGAACAAAGUAGCAAGUUAGAAAGUCUUGUCUUAUUUAUUAGUGCAGUGUGUUUUGUUAUUAUACUUUAUUUGUUAGUAUAUUUAUAGAAUAUUUAUAUGUUUUUCUAUAUUAUAGAAGAAUACGAAAAUCUUUUUUGUACCAAAAAAAAAAAAAAAAACAAAACAAUCUAUAAUGAAAAUUUAAGCAUAUCGCUCCGCAUCACAUUUUUACUACUCUCUUUGACUAUUUAACGAAAAAAAAAAACUAUAUCACUUGAAAAUACCAAAUUUCAAAACUUUAACGAAACUUUUCUAAAAAAAAAAAACACAAAAACAAAUAGAAUAAUAAUAUCCAAAACCACUAAAUGCGGACCAAAUGGUUAUAAAGAAAAUAAACACACAAAUGCUUUUAUAUUAUUAACAACAAUUUAAAUCUUUUUGAUAUUAAACAACCGAGUUCAUUCAACUUUUUGUAUGAACCCAAUAUUUUAACCAGUACUACUACUUUGGAUGAUAUUUUUAAUAAUAGACACGAGCUUACAUUCCUUAAUUAAUUAAUAUUGCUAUUUCUGCUAUUCGUUUCUUUUGAUGUGGCUUUCCUAAACUCGAUUUUAUAACUUAUUUUUUGUUAUUUUCCUCUCCAACUCGUAACUUUGUUUAGUUUCUUACUCAUUUUAAUUCCAAUCCCUCCCAUCACGGACAGCAGAAAAAGCCUAAUUGUAUCAGUUAUGCAUAUGCCAUUUUACUAUUGGAUGCUAAAACUAACUUGCCUACCGAUUAAAACAUAUCCAAGUGACAAUAAAUGGCACAAAUUAUUAUUAUUCUUGUACAAUUGUAUUUACUAUAUAUUAUAUUUUUAAAAACAUUUAUUAUUAUUGCCAAUAUACACCAUUUAUUAAGUUAAGUUAAAACUGUAUUGCAUAUUUAUUCUUUUGAAAAAAUAGGCAUUUAUGUCUACCGUAUAACAAACAUAAAUGAAAAAAACUUUAAUGUUAUUAUUUUAAAUUUAAUCGUUGGAAGUUAAAGCAAAUAUUUAAAUAUUUUCGUUUCAUAGAAUGUCAAUAUACAUCGUCGUCGUGCACGUGCCUGAAGAGACAAAUGUUAGACUUGCGAUAUUUGUUUUACUUUCUUCUUCGAAUUUGGCGUACAAAUUGAUGUUCGAAUUAUUGCAUGAGCCGGUUAUUUUGAUGAUAUUCUAAGUAACUUAAAAAAAAAAAAAAAGAACGGUAUUCAAAAUCGGAUGUAAUGAUCUCUGUUUUAUUUGUUUGAAAAUUACGAGUAUGUUAUUUACAUUGGUUGUAAAAAGUGACCUUCAAAUACUUUCAAAAACACCGGCUCAUAUGUUGUGCUGCACACAAUCUAUGUUUAAUUAAUUGUUAAUAUUAGCCUAAAAAUGUACUUAAAAGCAACACACACAAAAUAUUAUCUCCAAUUGGAGUUUUUUUUCUAAAUAAAUACACAAAAGCAAAUACA